CUCAGGCCCUGUGACCGGACUGCUCUGACAUGAGGAAGUUGGGUGGAUUUAGAAAGUUCAGCGGAGGUCUGAGCCUGCCAUCUUGGGUCCUGUGGUCCCCAGGCGUCUGUUGGGGACAGUUGUGCUGGUGGCGGAGACCGAGUCGCAGGACGCUCCCAGCCCCAUCAUGGGGUUGGUGUCCUUUGAAGACAUAGCUGUGUACUUCAACUUGGAGGAGUGGCAGGACCUGGACACUGCUCAGAGGACCCUGUACAGGGACGUGAUGCUGGAGACCUACAGCAGCCUGGUGUUCCUGGACCCCUGCAUUGCCAAACCUAAGUUGAUCUUCAAUUUGGAGCGUGGAUUUGGGCCAUGGAGCCUAGCAGAAGCUUCAAGCAGGAGCCUCCCAGGUGUUCAUAACGUGAGUACUCUGAUUGACACCAGCAAGAAAAUUCCUAAGACACGUUUGCGGCAACUCAGAAAAACUAACCAAAAGACACCAAAUGAAGACAUGAUUGAAGCAGAACUAAAGGCUCGACAGGAAGUCUCCAAAGGGAAAACACCCCGACAUAGAAGAGCCCCUGUAAAAUCUUUGUGCCGCAAGUUACAGAGAACCAAGAAUGAGACAUCAUACAGUGAUGGGAAUCUCUAUGAAUGUAAGGACUGCGAGAAAGUUUUCUGUAAUAAUUCAACCCUAAUUAAGCAUUACAGAAGAACUCACAAUGUGUACAAGCCCUAUGAGUGUGAUGAAUGCAGUAAAAUGUACUAUUGGAAGUCAGACCUCACGUCUCAUCAGAAAACGCACAGACAAAGGAAGAGGAUCUAUGAGUGUAGAGAGUGUGAAAAGGCUUUCUUCCGCAAGUCUCACCUCAAUGCACAUGAAAGAACCCAUUCAGGUGAGAAGCCUUACGAAUGCACAGAGUGCAGGAAAGCUUUCUAUUACAAGUCUGACCUUACUCGACAUAAGAAGACUCAUCUGGGUGAAAAACCUUUCAAAUGUGAAGAGUGCAAGAAAGCUUUUUCUCGAAAGUCCAAACUCGCUAUACAUCAGAAGAAACAUACGGGUGAGAAACCAUAUGAAUGUACAGAAUGCAAGAAAGCUUUCUCCCAUCAGUCACAACUCACUGCACAUCGGAUUGCUCAUUCAUCUGAGAAUCCUUAUGAAUGUAAAGAAUGCAAUAAAUCGUUCCACUGGAAGUGUCAACUCACAGCACAUCAGAAAAGGCACACAGGGGUAACUUACUUUCAAGAGGUAGUUUUCCAACAGAUCACAGUAUCUGACUGGACUGGCAAUUUGAAUGAGAAUGGUCCUCAUAGACCAACAUGGACUUGGGCAUAUGGCAUUAUAGACUUUGUGAAGGUGUGGAGCAGGUGUAUCAUUGGGGGUGGGCUCUGAGAUUUCAAAGACUGGAACUGUUCCCAGUGUGUUCUCUGCCUUUAUGUGGAUCAUCAUCACGUGAAUGAACCUGUUGCUGCUACCAUGCUUUGCUCUGCCGUCCUGGACUCUAACCCUCUGAACCGUAAGGCUAAAUAA